GCAAUUUAUGCUCCUCUAAACUCCUCUUUACAUUGGUGCAAAGGAGAAGCCGUGUCACAUGCUAGGAGUGCAGUUAUUUCUGCACCAGACUCAGCGGAUCCAGUUUGUUGAAGUUAGUGACACAGCAAAGAUCCACUGUUCUUCCACAGAAAACUUGGAAGGAGGCAGUAGCAUGUUUUGGUAUUUGAGAAGAGAAGGUGAGAAACCCACCUGCAUUAAGUACUGUUUGGAUGAUCAAAAUGUAAGUAAAUUUACUUGCAAGCACGAGACACACAGCUCGACCCUGGAAAUCAGCAACGUCCAAAAGACUGACUGUGGCAUUUACUACUGUGCAUAUAAAUACAGCAGCUACCCGAUCUUCGGGAAUGGAUCCACACUCAUUGUUGGAGACAGUUAUACCAACAGCAGCUGGGUGAUGCUUCUGGUCCCAUUUCCACAUGGCAGUCAAGUCACUGGGACAGCGAAUCUGGCCUGUGUGAUCCAUGGAGUGUCCGGCCCAGUCCACGUUUCCUGGAGUGUUUCUGGGGAGCUGCAGGAACAGGGGCUGACGCGCUCAUUGAAAGCAAAGGAUGGAUCUUUAAUGCUCAUAAAUCACAUCAGCGUCCCCAUGGACACCUGGACCAGUGGGAAGAAUUUCACGUGUGAAGUCAAAUUCAACUCUUCUGGCAGCAGUGUGAAGAAAAGUACCAGGUAUCCUGCAGCCCACGCCAGUAGUUGCCUACUUUCCAUUGUGUCCCUGGCGGUGCUGAGCGCCCUGAUGCUGUUGACGGUGUCUCUGAGUCUCAUCUGGACCCUCUGCCCUUCCAGGCUAGGAUUCCCGCCCAGGAUCUCAGCGCCUCCAGCUUCCCAGGAGAACCAGGGUGGAAUCUUAUACGCUCAUCUGGAUUUUGAUUCGCGGAAUCGUGAUGGGCGCAAGACGCAGCGACCGGCCAGAGGGAAGCGUGUAAAACCGUAAACUGUCUAGUGCAGGGGAAUCCACAUGUGGGAACUAAGUGUUCUCCGCUGAUCUCAGUGAGAUUAGCCAACCUGUAAUAAGGCUCUUUCUGGCUGUAUCCUUUUUUCUCUCCUCUUCUCUGUUUAAAGUAUAAAUGUCAGAAAAUCCCCCAAAGAAUUAGCCCCUGACAGGUGCUAAGGGCAUCAUUAUACAGGUGACUUUUCAGUUGAUUUGCAUAUUUUGAAGAACUGGUUGGAAAAUGGCUUUUUUUCCCCUCAUGGAAAAUUUUGAUAAAAGCAAAAAAAAAUUUCAUUUUUCCUGUAAUUUUCAGUAGCAAACGUUUGUUGAAGGAUUUUUUUCACUGUUUGGCAACCAAACCCCAUAACACAUUUUCAGCUACAAACCAAACUGUGAUUUUAUUUCCAGCUUUUCAAUCUUCAGACCCCAAAAAAUCAAAGAUUUGGAUUUUGUCAUAAACCCAAUUUUCCCUUGGGGGAAAAAAGUUUAGAUGGAAAGUUUUCAACCAGGGCUGAUAUUUAGGAACAAAUCCCUCACCCCUCUGCGGGGGCAGAGUUGACUCCCUCAGAUUCAUCGACUAAUAAAUGUGAAGGUCAGAAGGAACCAUCAUGACCUCCUGAGUCAUAGACCAGAGAACCUCAAGGCCACAACUUCUGUUUGAGCUGCGGGGUAGCUUUUAGAGAGACACCCAAUCUGAACAUAAAGCCUGCAGAAUCCACCACAUCCCUUGGCAAGAGGAUCCGCUGCAGUUUUGCAAUGACGUGAUGCAUCAUGCAUGUCAACUGAGAUUAUGAAUGGUAAAGAGGGAUCUAGAAAGAGCUGGUAGGUCAGGCUCUCUGUCUGAGCGCUGGGGCUGCCACUCCACUGAUUCCUGCUUUUCUUGAAGGGCCAGUUCCUUAGAAGCCCACAGGCCGUGCCAUCUAAUAAUAACAGGUAAUCAA